AUGUAUAGAGAAGAGGCAGCGAGCAGACACCAGCAAGACGCAUUGUUGAAUGCUCAGUCAAAGAACGAGGUUCUUCUGUGUUCUAUCGAAGUAAACAUGGAUAAGCCCGUGAAACUCGCCAGAGUAACAAAAAUCAUUGGUCGCACUGGAUCCCAAGGUCAGUGUACUCAGGUUCGCGUUGAAUUCAUGGACGACAACGGAAACCGAUCCAUCAUUCGAAAUGUCAAGGGCCCAGUUCGCGAAGGAGACAUCCUUACUUUGCUCGAAGCUGAGAGAGAAGCCAGAAGACUGCGUUGAAUGAUUUCCUCAUUGUUAUUGUUCUGAAUAAAUUGUU